AUGUCUUGUGUUGUACCAUCAGCGGUGACAGAGAGGCCGGUGCCGGCGUCGCGCACGGGCCCGCGCGGCGUCCAGGUGGUCAACACGGGCCCCGACCACACCUUCAUACUGGACGAGGACGCACUCGCUGAAUUGUUGCUCAAGGAGGAUGUACGAGACCGCAGCGUGGUGGUCGUGUCCGUCGCGGGAGCCUUCCGCAAGGGCAAGUCCUUCCUGCUGGACUUCUUUCUCAGAUACAUGAACCACAAGUACGGCGCGGGCGUCGCCGGGGUCGCGGGGGGCGGGGGCGGGGGCGGGGGCGGCGACUGGCUGGGGUCGGAGGACGAGCCGCUGGAGGGGUUCAGCUGGCGCGGCGGCUCCGAGCGCGACACCACCGGCAUACUCAUGUGGUCCGAGGUGUUCAAGGCCACGCUCGACUCCGGAGAAAAGGUGGCGAUUAUACUGCUGGACACGCAAGGCGCGUUCGACAGCGAGUCGACGGUGCGGGACUGCGCUACCGUAUUCGCCCUGUCGACCAUGCUGUCAUCCGUGCAGAUCUACAACCUCUCACAGAAUAUACAGGAGGACGACCUGCAGCACUUACAGUUGUUCACCGAAUACGGGCGUCUGGCGUUAGAAGACAGCGGGCGGACGCCGUUUCAGAGGCUGCAGUUCCUCGUGAGGGACUGGAGCUUCCCCUACGAGGCGCCCUACGGGGCUGAGGGUGGGCAGACCAUACUGCAGAGACGACUCAAGGUGUCGGACAAGCAGCACCCGGAACUACAAUCUCUCCGUAAACACAUCGCGGCAUGUUUCUCCGAGAUCGCGUGCUUCCUGAUGCCGCACCCCGGCCUGCGAGUGGCUACCAAUCCACGCUUCGACGGACGACUCUCUGAUAUCGAAGGGGAAUUCAAGCGGUCGCUACAGCAACUGUUGCCUAUGCUGCUGGCGCCUCAAAACCUGGUGCCAAAGCUCAUCAACGGUCAACAAGUGAAGGCCAAAGAUCUGCUGCAAUACUUCAAGUCCUACAUGAACAUCUACAAGGGGAACGAGCUGCCCGAGCCCAAGAGUAUGCUGGUGGCAACGGCGGAAGCUAACAAUCUCACAGCCGUAGCUGAAGCCAAGGACGUGUACACAACUUUAAUGGAGGAGGGGCAGUUACUCGAGGCCGAACACGGGCGGGCCAGGGACAAGGCGCUGCAUGCCUUCCAUGCUAAACGGAAGAUGGGUGGGGAAGAAUUCUCGCAAGGGUAUUGUGAUCAGCUAUCUCAGGACUUAGAAGAGCAGUUCCUCCAAUUCGCCGCCCACAACGAGAGCAAGAACAUAUUCAAGGCGGCGCGCACGCCCAGCGUUUUCUUCGCGCUGGCACUGGCACUAUACGUACUGUCUGGCGUGCUGGGUCUACUGGCAUUGUACCCCCUGGCAAACCUCGCCAAUCUGUGCAUGGGACUGGCUUUGCUGACGUUGGUGUUAUGGGCUUAUAUUAGGUACAGCGGUGAGAUGCGAGAACUUGGUGUUACUAUAGACGAAGUGGCAAACUCUUUAUGGGAUAAUGUGAUGAAGCCGGUAUACCAAUCGUGCAUAGAGAAGGGAAUGGAGCACGCGGCGCACGCGGCCGCUGAGAGGAUGGUGGCGCCGACCCGACCCAACGGCAAGAUGAAGGGCUUGUGAUGACCCACCCUGCUCUACACACAGCCCCGUGCGGUGCGCCGUGGGCCACGCGACCGAUGCGCCAUUAUACUCGACAUAAUCUGAAUUACAUAUCGAGGAAGGAAAUUGGAAACGGCACUGGAAAUUGUGUGCUAAAUACGAGAAUUUUGACAGACAAAUGAAAAUUUUAUUUAUAUUAACAGACCGACUAAUGAAAUUUAUGCAGUGGAAAAUGUGUGAUGAAAAUAAGAAUUUUGACAAAGACAAAUGGGAAUUUUGUGACUAUUAAAAGUUUCAUAUGGAAAAUUAGAUAAUUAACAUCCGAUUUGAUUUUAAAAGUGAGGCAAAGGUUUUACUUACAUGCUUCCAGCCUUUGAAAAAGACAAUCUAAAUAAAUCAUUCACCUCUGUUACAAAAUACUCCUAUAAUAUCAGAAUGUUUUCUUUGCUAAUGUAUAUCAUACAGAUUUUAUUCAGUCAAUAUGUCACCAGUGCUUGUAUGUCAAAGUUCACUGGAGAAAACCUUAUACAGAAAACCACUUGCAAUUAGUUAAAACCACUGUGUAUUUAAACAUGAUUAUAAUCAAGAUUCUAUGAAAAUUAAAACUUCUAAAUAGCUGUGAAGAUUUCACAAAGGCAUCGUUGCCAUUGUGGAUUAUCAAAGAAGAGGUCUGCGACGAUAUCACUCGAACUUUCAAUAAUUCUAUCAAGAGUUUAUCCGUGUUGUGUGUGAGUGCAGUGUUGUUAGGAGUACGGGGCCAUCGGGUGAGUGUUUCAAUCUUACGUAAGGCAGUGUACGUUCGGUGAUGGAUUACGUUUACAAACAGUAUGUAGUGAAAUUGUGACUUAGUGCUAGUGUAGUGAAAUUAUUGUGUAUCACUUUGUUAAUCUGGAUAUGAUUGCAUUUGCGAGACGGGAAUACUGAAACAUUACUGCAUUUUCGAGAGUGCACUAUGAUAGACAAUAAAGGUGGUUCUAUAUUUAAAAAGGUGAAAGGUAAUAGAUUAUUGGCGAGUUUUCCUGAUUUACAAUUUGAGCAACUCUCAAAAUUGAGUCACGUUUCAGUAUUAAUCGUUUGACAUUUGGAUAAAGCUCUUUAUUAAACUUCGUUAUGUUCACAACAUAAGAUUAUAUAUUUUAAUCUCGAUGUAAAUAGCUACAAUAGAAUUGAAAAAUCUCCAAAACAGAUAAACUAAGUGAUACCGGUGUUAAAUCGUAAAUAUGAUGGGACAGUUCUGUAAGUAAGACUUGGGAAUAUCGUAGAAAUAUUAGGCACAAAAAUAAUAACAGACACACAGGAUGUUGAGGGAAGUCACUUCCCUGCAUAGGGCAACACGGAAAGGAGUAGCCAUAUUCAAAUAAUAUUAUUCAAAUCCCUCUGUAAUUUUAGGGGAGGGGGUGGGGCACAAACGCAGUUUAACUACACACUCACGCAUAAACAAUGACACGAUACGUCGCCAAAUUCUACAAAAAUGAUACAUUUUCGUUUUUUUCGUUCGUUCCUUCGUAUCAGGGCUUGUUUACCGGUUAAUUUUAAAACCUAAAUCAGUGUCAAGUACAUUAGGAGCGUUUUAUUUAGGUUUGGCUCUACCUUAACCUUAAAUAACCGGUUUUCCUAAAAAGCGAAAACAAAAAGGUUUUUGAAUCAAUUUAGCGGUUUUUAAAGUGUUUCAUUUCGCUCUUACUGACGGCAUCGAUAAUAAAUGAAUAACUUGACUCACUAGAGGCUAGGAAACGUGCCCAUAAAUGCAUCAAACUCUGAGCAUUAACAAGUUGUGACUUGAUUAGUUCAAGCAAAACAAACUUCAAGCGAUGCCGACGCGUGCACGUGCCGCUCUGGAUUAAACCGGUUUAUUAAGGUUUUAGGUACCGCUUUCAUUUCGGACGCGCUACAUACGAAACCUUUACUAAAAACCGGUAACAACCUUUAUUUACCGGUAUUUUCGAAACCGGUUUCAAGCCCUGCUUCGUAUGCCUACUCGACAGAUGGAAAAGCUUUGUAUGCCUACUCCCCUCCUGGCCGCGUCGCUCGUGUUGCUCUACGCUUCUCUAUAACUGCACCUGACUUGUAGUUGUACUUAAAAUAAAGAACAGACAAAUUAAUAUUAGACGUGCAAACGAAAAUGUAUUCUACAGUAGCAAUAAAUAGAACAUUAUAUAUCAUUAGGUUUCCUUCUGUGCGCUGUUAACUCAAUCUCAUUUCAAUAUGUAUUUCUCUUAAAAUCUAAAAGUUUCCUAUGUUAGCGAUACUAAUUAUUAUUAUUGUUACAUAUAAAAACAAUGAUCAGAUACUUUAUACAAUAAUUUAUAGAUAUAGGUACUUGACAAGCGACAUUUUAAUGUGUAAAAAAAAUCCCAUAAGUUGCCAAUACAGCUUAUUAACUGUUGUAUAAUUAUGCUCAUUUAAACAAAAUUGAUUGUUGUAUGCUUUCAGAGUUUAUUUUGUUAUUUACCUAGCUCAAUUCGGACACUUGGCUUUGUACACCUUGAUUUUAGACCUUCUUGCCAAUCACAUAAAGUAUUGAAUUCAACGAGUUCACAAAAUAUGGUUGUGAUCACAGGAGAGUUUUUGAUAUUAGUUGAAAAGGCCCGAGUCACAACUAGCUUUGCAGCUUGUCAAUACGAACACCACCAAUGUCUUCUUUUUCCGUGUUACUUUCAUAUUGGAGUUUUGAAAUAUUUGGUUCUACCCAUAUUAAAUAAUGAUACAAAUACUUUUUAUGUAGAUUAGGUUCAGAAAGUCUAAUACUUAAUUUCUUUAAACUAAUAUUAUAACUGAUGACCUCCGUGGCCGAGUGGUUUUUACGUUGGGUUUCAAGGGUUCGAAACCUGUAUGGGGGCAGAUGUUUGUGUGUUGAAUACAAGCAUUCGUACUCCAGUCAUGGAUGUUUAAUAUGUAUUUCUAUACAAUAAUACUUAUAUAUGUAUCAGUAUAUGUAAUCUAUCCGUUACCCUAGUAUCCCAUAACACAAGCCUACAGUGCUUAAUUUGGGGCCAGGAAAAUUGGUGUAAGUGUUGGAUAUUUUUUUUUAAAGUAAUUGAAAAGCUGCAAACGCUAUAUUAAGGUAGAGUACGAAAGAUUUAUAUCUCUUUACUGUGUCUGUAGGACAAAAACCGACAUAUCUCUUAAAAGAUAUCAAGUUCUUCAUAACUGUAUUAUGUAUUGAAAUUGUAAAUAUAAAAUUGUGUAAAUAAAAGCCAAAAGUGCCUAUCUUCCAAUAUUAAAUGAAUGAGUACUAUUUAAAUAUGGUAAAAAUAUAUAUAAAAAAAAAUAACUUGUCGGUAACUCAUUGUGCCAAACUUUUAAUUCACAUUUUUUAAUAUUUUUUUAAAAACUUUGGCUUCUCAAACCAGUAGUUUUAAUUCGAGAUGUGAAGCUAGUCAAUAAUAACUUGACUGUUUCAUGACAAAAAAAUAUUUUUAUUGAUCACUUAUGUCUUAUGAAUUAUAUAUAGAAUAAUAUGUCAGUUUAUAUGUUUAUUGUUAGAGUAAUGUUUGUUAUAGAGUUGUUACUGGGUGGAGAGUUUUGUUUAUAAAACAAUCAUGGCCGAUUUGUAUAGUAGGUAGGUUUUUAAGAGCGGACGCGAGUUUAGAGACAUUUGAGAAUUAGGUAUUUCAUAAAAAACUAUUGCUGUCACGCAUUGGCAAAUACCGUGUGAUAGAGACAACAGUAGUCGACGCUGAAAAUUGGGUAGAAAAAUUGCAAAAUUCGAAGUUUAGCUCUCGAUGAUUUCCUUCUCGAUAAUUAGAUAUAUGUAAAACAAAAUUUACACAAGGAAUAAUAAGUAGGUAUACUAUGCUUUUAUGUUUUGAUUUUUUGUAAAUGCUCAUUAAAUCUCCACACUAGACGUCUUUAGUGGUGAUAAAAAUUUGUUUAUUAUUGGCAUUUUUCGAGGGCUUCUAGUUUCUUUGAAACACAAGUUAUCGAAAAAUGGAAAAUAUAGGAGGCAUAGAAUGAGUAAAAUUUUAUGUAUGAAAAUCUAUUCUUUAGUGAUAAAAAUCAAGGAGGAAUCAGUCGAGAGCGUUUGUAUUGUAAAAACAUUGCGCGCCUCCCCUCUUAAUUAUGUAAAAUGAUUAAUUGUUACACUUAAAACCAGUUUAUUUGUAAACUUUUGCAUAGAACUUAACGAAUAAUUAUGAAAUGAAUCCCAUUUGACUGUUCACCAGGUGAUGAACAGAUGAUGAUGUUCAAUAGUGGAUACGUUUGGUCUCAACACCAAUAAAAAGUAAAUUGCAUUUUUUUAUUAGAGUUUCUUUUAACACCAUUUCUAAGUUUACCUUAAGACACUCUAGUGUCAAAAUUCUGAUUUUACCUACUAGCAAUAUUUACAAAUGAAUGGUCUUCAAUUAUUUUGCUUUUAUUUAAAGGACAGCACUUGUCGGAAACGGAUUCGAAACCUAUGCUUUGUCUGCAUUGACGUAUAAAAACAAGUAGACUCUCAAUCGCCUAACAAAAGUGCAUUAAAAAAACGUCCGAACGGUGCUGUGCAUACAAAAAACAGUAACACGUUUGUUCAAAUUAACACUUUAUGUCGUGGCAGUAAGCUACAAUGUCAAUUGCACACGAGAGAGAGAGAGAGAGAGUGAUUAUGGUGCGAAAAAGAGAGAUACACGAACACAUGAGCCACUAAAAUGUAAUUAAUAGGGUAUUUGACGGUAUUCAAAAUAAAGUGCCAAUUGUUAGCAUCUGUGUUUAGAAUGAAUAAUGGCGGGGGUUUUUAAUAUGUUAACAAAAAAAAAUAUAUCCAUAAUUUUACUAAAAAUCCACGAAAAAGAUAAUAGUUUUCAUAUCUAUUGUCACGUGACCCAAAACGCUUGGGAUGGGCGGAGCCUAAAAUGACGUCACACACUAGUAAGACGCCAUAUUGUCCAGAAAAACGUUUUCGCGGCAACUUGAAAUGGAGAUUUUGAUUUGGUUAUUUUUACUGAAAUACACAAAAGAAUGAUGAGUAUCCGCUUUUUACGGACUCCAUAAACAUGAGCCAAUAACGUGAGAUCGUUUUCUAAAACUUGUCAAAUACCCUAUUUAGCAAUGCAAUAAAAAAGCUAAGAAAGUUGCAUAAUUUAGUUUUUAGUUUCAGGAGCACUUGAAAUACGGACCUCCAUAUCUUUUAACCGGUGUCAUUUGCGCAGUUUUCAACUGAACAUUUUGUCAUUGCGUGGCGUUGUAAUCAAAGCGUGUUCGAAUCGAAUUCGAAAAUAACUAAAAAUAGACGGGUGUGCGUAAUUUUGCGUCUGUCACUUUUUCAGUGCGAUUGUGAAUCUACUCGUUGUCUACGUCAAUGUUUGUUUGUCUAUUACAUGAACACGCGAUACACACAGCAUCGAAAUGAAAAUCGUUUCAGUUUUCCUCCGUUUUUGUGAAUAAAGACACUCAGAUCGUAAACUUUAAUGAAUUAUCACGAAGAGUUGCGUUUUCGACCGCUCACGUAAUUUAGUUUUAAUUCUGCAUGCAAUUAAUGAGCUUGCGUUAAGGGCUUCUUAUAGGCGCGGUUAUGGGGGGUCUCUAGGUCCGACGUCCGGGCCUCGCGCCACGGUUUGCUCAAUUUUCACUUAGUUUUUAAGUUCUAUACAGCGGACUAUGCAACGGGCAUAUAAGUUUCAUCUUUAUAGGUAGUUGGUAACCGAAGCAAUAAACACAAUUGGGGCUCAAUACAAAUUUAUUUUAUUUAAAAUGACAAUAAUUAUGACAAUCAUACUUGCACUAGAUUACAUUGUAAAGCUAAAUCUCUGGAAAUUUUAGGUGUAACUCGCGCUUGCACCAAUCAAAAAACGAAUCACAAAUGCCGUUGUAAGACACUCUGUCCUUCUCGCACAGGCUAUCCUCAGUAACGUGCGAGGGAGACAGAUCGUCUUGCGUCGGUGUUUUCGGUUCCUCUCUUUAAUGGUACGAGUAAUAGCUCACUUAUUACUGUUAAAUUGAUUUUGUGGUAAGAUUUAUGUAUUUGAUACAAAAAGUAAAUAUACCACAUAUUUAAUAGUUUAUGAUUAAUCUCUCAUAUACUAAAGUUAUGGUAAACAAAAUUAUGGUAUUGAAUUAAAAAUAACAGCAAAAUUAAUUUAAUGUAACGAUUAAUGCCUUGUUGACACCAAGCGCGCUCAAUGUUAAACUUUUAAAUAUUUAAUUGAUAAUUUUAUAGAAAUCUAUGUUUAUUUUAAUUCCCAUUAAAGUAAUAUAGCUUACCGAUUACUAGAAUAAUGUGAUUUGUUGAUUCAGAUCUUCAAGUCCGGACGAUUUUUUGUAAGUGAUAUUAAAUAUUAUUAUUACAAUGAAUAAUAUCCUAGUUUCAAUUCACACGAACCUUCUGAAGGCUGUCAUAGUUUAUCAGCUAGAUGUUGAUUGGUCACUGCGAAAAGCUAAACCAGGUGGAUUAAGCCACCAGCCUUUAUUUGGUCCUUCAGUUUAAAAGUCUUUAUCUCUUCUAAACCUAAUUUCGAUUCGCUAUAUUUGAAAUAGUAAUUAUUUGAUGGCAUGGACAGAUGGGUGUGAAAGAGACAAGUGAUCGUGCGGCCAUUGCAUAUACAAACUAUUGGCCUCACCAUAGCUUCGUUUCAUCAGUUCUGUUUGAUUUAUCUAUAACUAUGGUUGUAAACAGAAAUGUGCCAACUGCAUUUGAGUACUCCUAGCACGAACCAUUAUCGAAUUCGAAUAGUUUACGAGUCUGCAAAUGUCACUGUCAAAUUUUGUAUGGAAACUUGUACAGCAGCGCCACAAAGUGCGUAAAGAGAACUAAAAAUCAGUACACAUUUGACAAUGUCAUUUCGCACUCGCAAAUAUUAUUUUACGGUACUGUACCCCUAGCACGAACCAAUAUCGAAUUCGUAUCGUUUGCGAGUCCGAAAUGUCAUUGUCAAAUGUGUACUGAUUUUUAGUUCUCGUUACGUACUUUGUGCCGCUGCUGUUCAAGUUUCCACACAAAAUUUGACAUUGACAUUUCGGUUUGCAAACUAUUCGAAUUCGAUAAUGGUUCGUGCUAGGGGUACUGAUCUGUCUGUUGUCUUUGGGAGUAGUUUAAAUGCAAUUUGCUCAGGAAAUAAUAUCAGGUAGUAGGACAUCGAAAUUAGACAAUGUCACAGAAAACAGGACCCUGUAUAUAUAACAAUUAUGUUUGUUUUUGUUUGUCCGAGUUAAGAAUCUAUCAUAAGAUCGUAAGCGAUAUUUUAACUGAGGAUUGUUUCUAUUGUGUUUGUUUAUCUGUUAGUGCCAUAAGUCUGCGAUAUGGUGCGGUCGCCGACCGACGUUUUGAAUAAAAAAAUAGAAAUAAAAUGUUUACUACAAAAUAAUAUUAUGUGCCUUGCGCAAUGUUUUUUAAGUUCGUUUUAAUUAUAAACCAUGAUACAUCUAUGCAAAAUAAAUAAUUUCAUCAAAACCAUCUAAACCUUUAACGAGCAGCGCCCUUGGAUGAUGUUUUUCAACUAAAGCUUCAUAUUGGUGUCGAUUCUGGUGUGAUUCUCUAAACUUUAUAACUAAAUUUAUAAUCUUUCUGUCCUCAUCAUUCUGUAUAGAGAAUGGCAACUCUACACUGUUGUCAAAUUUAAGUUUAGAUUUAUUUUUUAGUUCUAUUCUUCUCUAUUGAGAAAGGCAAAGGCAUAGCCAUGCAGCCAUCGUCUUAUUUUUGUAUUAAUCUUCCUGCGUGCGUGUGACGCAUUCUAAUGCUUCUUGGAGUGUUUGGCACGAAAUAUAUCGAGUUGGCUUUUUCGAUAGUCAAUACUACAAUGAAAUUCUCACGUCCACUUGACCGGAAUAGCGUAUAUUUUAAAGAUUCCACUAAUUCUUCAGUUGCGCAGAUGGUUGUAACACAAAAUCACACCAAUUUUAUUUCACAAUAUCCACUAUGAACAAAUUUAAGAAUAAUUAAAAUAAGACGCCAACCGCACUCGAUGAAAUCCCGCCAAAAACCCUUUAAGUUUAGAUUUAGAGAAUAAUGCUCGAAUCGACACCAAUGUAAAACCUUAUUUAUAAUUAAAAUAAAGCGAUUCUGUUUAAUAUGCGUGUAUGUACACUCUCCAUAAAAAAAUAGUAACAAUUUCAAUGGUGUGCAAAACUCCCAUAUCAUAUAAAUAAAAAAAACACGUUUUUUAGAUUUAUUUAUAUCGAUUAAAAUAAUAAUAUAGUUUUAAUGUACUGAUUUACUUCUAGC